ACCUCUUCUAUGAAAUAGGGACGUCAAGUAGGCACAGGGUGGGUUAAAAUCCCGUUGGUUACAACAUUCCGUUACGUGAUCUGCGACAUGACAAGAAAGAAAGCCCGAGACAUGCCGGUCCCAUGCGAAGACGCAAGUCAGACUACUCGAGCAGCAGGUGCUACCGCCACCACGUCCACCGUGAACAGCAUGGGCGCAGUGAUCGAAGACGGCGUCGUCAGGUCAGCUGUUCAGGACGUGUACAUUCCGGACGUAGAUGUCGGCACGUUCUUCAGGGGAUGCUGCAGAAAGUACAAGGAUCGCAUCGCCAUGGUGGACGACACUACGAGUGAGACUUACUCGUACCGGAAGCUGGAGGAUGUGUGCCGUCGCGUCGCGGCAGGUCUGCGAAAGCUGGGCUUCCAAACAGGAGACCUGGCGGGCAUCCACAGUGGCAUCUCCUCCGACUUGAUCGUGGCAUUUUAUGGCACUGUUCUCGCCGGUGGACGCGUGGUCUUCGCCAAGGGCAACCUCACCCAACGUGAAGUGCAGUACCAGUUUGCGGACUCGGGUCCCAAGUUGGUCUUUUGUGACGACGCAAAUGCGGAAAAGACAAAAGCUGCUUGCGAAGUGGUGCCGUCAGUCAAGACUCUGGUAACCAUAGGCCAACAUGAAGGGAUGAUCCACCUGUCGGAGCUCAAGAAAUCUCCAACUGACUAUUCAGCUGCUGGCAUUGACCCACGAGGUGUGCUGGCCAUAAUGUACUCGAGUGGCACGACGGGAUUGCCAAAAGGUGUCAUGGUGUCGCACCGAAACUUCAUCACUCAGCUCAUUGUUUCUGGGGACGAAGGAGCGCAACUUAUAACUACCAAUGACAGGAUGCUUGGCACUGCCCCUUUCACACACGUAUCGGGCCUAUGGCUCUACAGCUGCUGUUUCACGGUUGGCGGCUGCGUAAUCGUCAUGACUCCAACUGAUCCAGUUUCCGUUCUUAGGGCCAUCGAAAGACACAAGGCUACAGUGAUGCUGCAGUUUCCGACACAAGCGCAGAAUCUUGUGCAGUGCAAAUGCAUCGACAACCUCGACGUGAGCAGCAUGAGCAAGUUGCUAAUUGGCGGAUCCACCACACCCACCAUAGUGGCGCAAAGUAUCAUAGAGAAGUUAAAAUUGAAAGCCUUCCGACAUAUUUUCGGCAUGAGCGAAACGUGUGGCAGCAUCACAGUUACCCCAACUGGUAUUGAUGACUACGAAAGCGUUGGGAAGCCUGUUCCAUUGACGCACAUAAAGGUUGUCGACGUGGAAACUCGCGAAAAGCUUGGACCCCGCGAGAACGGCGAAAUCUGUGUGAAGGGCCCAUACUGUUGCCUCGGCUACCUGAACAAGCCAGAGGCGACCAAGAACCUAUACGACGAUGAUGGUUUUAUUCAGACAGGCGACAUCGGCUACUAUACGGAGGAUGGCAAGCUCUACGUAGUGGACCGCAUAAAGGAGUUAAUAAAGUGUAUGGAUCAGCAAGUGGCGCCUGCAGAACUUGAGGACUUGCUUGUGCAGCACGAUGCUGUCAAAGAGGUCGUCGUGACGGGCGUUCCUCACCACGAGUACGGAGAGGCCGCGCGGGCAUUCGUCGUGCUCUUCCAGAAAGAGGCCGCUAGCGACACACUCCAGCAGGAGCUCGCAAAACUGGUUGCGGACCAAGCGGCUUUUCACAAACAUCUUCAUGGGGGCAUCGAGUUUGUGACGAGUAUCCCGAAGUCUGAUACUGGAAAGAAUCUUCGAAGGGCGCUCAGGGACUCUUACUUGAAGAACGGGAGCAAAGUGACUCAACUUUAACUCGGAAUGUUCCUGCUCCAUUACUUUUUUACAGAGCUUUCACGUGGUUUCAUGACUUCCUGGGUGGAUGAACGUGCAUCUCUACCUCCUCCCUCAUCAGGCUGAUUAGAAGGAAUCUUCUUAAGUACAUUACCAAAUGGUUGCUAAAGAUUUCUUUUAUGAAAAUACUUCUUAGAUUAUACUCCAUAUGCUUAGACUGUGGUGAUGCCACUAAGAAUUUUUACGAUUGUAUUUAAAUAUGAUGACGCUUUUAUAUUAGUAGUCUCUGUCUACCGCAUUUAUUUCCGUCCUGCCAGUAUAUUAGUAAUAAUACUUGCUGUGUAAUGCAUGUCUGUACAAAAAUGCUUUUAAUAAAGAAGUCUGGCAUUUAAUUGCUUACCAUGGCGUCGUAAUUUGUACGACGCAAUGGUUGGACGCCAGACAUUCAACGGUUUGCACGUGGUUUGUCGAAAUGUGGGUCUGAGGGAAUUGCCAAAGCUACAAUUGGAAACCUACAAUGUAUCUCUACAUACACGUGUACGUGAAAAUUGGAAACCUGCUGUUCACCUAAUAUUCAAAGCACCCAGAAUAAACUUGGAUACUAGGAAA